CUACAGCUACAGCUAGGAACAACGUGUGUGCCGGCUUAGAAGGCCAGUGCGGUCAUGGUAAAUGUGUUGUAUCUGACAACGAGCCGUACUGCGAGUGUGAUGAAGGUUAUACCGGAGAAUAUUGCACUACAGCUACAGCAAGGAACAACUUGUGUGCCGACUUCGAAGGCCAGUGUGGUCAUGGUAAAUGUGUUGUGUCUAACAACGAGCCGUACUGCGAGUGUGAUGAAGGUUAUACCGGAGAAUAUUGCACUACAGCUACAGCAAGGAACAACUUGUGUGCCGACUUCGAAGGCCAGUGUGGUCAUGGUAAAUGUGUUGUGUCUAACAACGAGCCGUACUGCGAGUGUGAUGAAGGUUAUACCGGAGAAUAUUGCACUACAGCUACAGCAAGGAACAACUUGUGUGCCGACUUCGAAGGCCAGUGUGGUCAUGGUAAAUGUGUUGUGUCUAACAACGGGCCGUACUGCGAGUGCGAUGAAGGUUAUACCGGAGAAUUUUGCACUACAGCUACAGCUAAGAACAACCUGUGUGCCGGCUUCGAAGGCCAGUGUGGUCAUGGUAAAUGUGUUGUGUCUAACAACGGGCCGUACUGCGAGUGCGAUGAAGGUUAUACCGGAGAAUUUUGCACUACAGCUACAGCUAGGAACAACUUGUGUGCCGGCUUCGAAGGCCAGUGUGGUCAUGGUAAAUGUGUUGUAUCUGACAACGAGCCGUACUGCGAGUGCGAUGAAGGUUAUACCGGAGAAUUUUGCACAUCCUGCCUGCAGCCGAAACAGCAAGGGGGGCUAUUGGAAGCCACGGACGAUCGAUAUCCGGCCAGACCAUGCGGCGACGACUUCAGACCCGAGGACUCCGGUGCUGUCGUCCUGCGGUUGGCCCAGUCCUCACUAUCCGCCACAGACAACAGAGGUUAUCCUGUGCCCAGCACCGGCUUCAUUGGACAUGGAGGCAGUGGAGAAACAUUCUUUUCUCUGACGAGAGUCAGCAACGCGGAUACAGGAGUCAGAAUCUGGAGGAGUAAUGGCGAACGAAACGCAGACCUCAACAUGAUGGAAGUCGACGUCUGGGGUGGCCCUUGUGACAUGAUCUGGGCUGCCAUUGGACUAAAUCACCAGGUCGACCCUGUCGUCUUCCGAAACCUCGGACGCAAGCGUGAAAAUGGAAUCAACGCCCAACGUUACAUCAGCAUGGUGCUAAGGCCGGCGGUCCUCCCCUAUGUCCAGCAACACCACCACUUGGUGUUCCAGCACGACAACGCUUGA